AUGAGCCCUCGUCGGUCAUCCCGUGCUCGCUCAUCGCAGCAACCCCCUCCUGGUCCCAACCACACAAACUCCACCACCUCGAUCAACUCCAAAUCCGAUCGAGAUACUCGUGCCAACAUCCGUACAACCUCUCCUCACAGACCCUCCACCCAACGAUCCGAAUCUGCUGAUGGCGCAGACUCGUCCUCUCGAGCCGAGCAGCUCGCACCGCGUCGCAGUCGCCGAAAUGGGGAUGACAAAGAACAAAUAGUAAAACAACAGGCCGAUGAUGAGGAAAAUGACGCUGAACCCACAGAUGAGGAAGUCACUCGCUGUAUCUGUGGGCAAGCUGAGUAUCCUGGUCCUUCCUCUACAGUGCGACAACAGCAACCAGCCAUCGACGGCAUAACCGACGACACGGGUAAUUUUUUCGUCCAGUGUGACAACUGUGGUGUCUGGCAACACGGUGGCUGCAUGGGUCUAUUGGACGAGUCGAUGCUCCCAGAUGAAUACUACUGCGAGCUGUGCAAACCAGAAUUUCACAAGAUCACAAAGUCUGCAAAUGGACAAAAAUCUUCCCGUUACCUCCCCGUUUUGGAGACCAAUUCCAGUCGAUCCUCUCCUUUAUCCUCGAAUCCAGAAUUGGGCCGCAAGAAAGAGAACAAGAACAAACAGUCCGAAAGCACCAAGAGGAGAGCCACCUUCAACAGUAGGGGGGCCUACGACGAGGAUGAGAUGUUGAGGAGGGCCAUCGAGGAGAGCAAAGAAAUGGGCACUCUCGGGAAACGCACAAGAGACGAAUCAGAAGAACAAAAGGGUACAUCCAAGCGACAACGCACGGGAUCCAACUCCUCAGGAACGGUUUCCAAGCGCAGUGAAUCACCUGAAGUAGCAGUGGAUGAUCCAACAAACAGAUCAACAACCAACGGUCGAAAUGCGUCCCAAAAGUUGAGGGGAGCAGCUGCUCGAAACAACCGUGAAAAGGAACUUCGAGACAAAGCAAAGGAACAGCAAGCUGCCCAGCGUGCUGAGGCGGCAAGCAAACGCAAUGCUCGGUCCGAACGAAGAAGGGCAGAUGACUCACCUCCUCCCACACCGAGCCUCUCUCCUUCCAAAGGUGGACAACCCAACGGCAAAACAAAAGCAGAUACCCCCCCGUCUGGUCGGUCGAACCAUACCAAUAGCCGUAAACCUGGCGGAAGAGCAGCCGCACGGCGAGGGAGAUUGGGCAGAAAUCAAUAUACGCGUGACCAGAACGGAGAAGACGGGGACAAUGCAUCUCUGCGGGAUGGAUCCCAUGACAUCAAUGGCCAUGACAACAAAAAUGGGGGUUCGCCGUCCGGCGUCGACAGAAAAGGGAGUGCAGGUGGAGUCGGCGCUGUACACUGCAUCAAUGGCGAAAGCGGACGCAGUUCAAAGGCCAAGACACACCCGGCGAGAACGAGUCUCAACGAGAUGAAGAGACGAGUAGCAGCAAUCCUGGAAUUUGUUGGGCGAAUGCAGACAGAGCGGACGACGCAGGCACAAGCAGCGAUGCAGGUGAACGGUGGCAGUGGCGGGAGCUCCAAGGGCUCCACGACUCCGAAUGGCGUAAGCAAAACGUCCAGCACUUCGAGCACGACGGGGAGCACGUUGCCAACAGCCAGUCUGGUGCGUGCGGUUGAGGCUGGGCUGAAUGACGUAAAGGAGAAAGACGACGACAACACGGUAUCGAUGAUGGACGAGAGGGAGUUUGCGACCAUGGGCAGUGUGGACAUGAUGGAGACGUUGACGAGAGAGUUGGUCCAGUGGCAGAGUGUUUAUGGGGUAUAUUCGCGAUGA